AUGGCCCGUGCAAUCCUUCAACCAGGGGCCUUGGUGCUGUUAGAUGAGUGUACACGCAGGUACUUUGUCCUUCAAUACACAGCCGACCUAGAGAUGCUCAGACGUAUGCACUGCAGUGCGGACCAAAGCACGUCCAACAUCAUCAACCAUCUUGUUCACUCUUGUUUCGGACAACAGACCGUCAUCGCGACCAUACAUCGGCUGGAGUCUAUCAUGGAUUUCAACCGCGUCCUGGUCAUGGAGCAUGGCGUGCUUGUCCAGGACGGCGGCCCGCGGGAGCUCGUUUCUAAGCCAGGGGCCUUACGUGACCUCUUCUGUGCCAAAGGAAGGGUCCCUGUUAUAAGUUGCUUCCUUGAGUAA